AUGUCUAUGAGGACUCUGCCGCUGGUUUUUAUCAACAUGGGAGGAGAAAUGCUUUACAUACUGGACCAACGGCUUCAGGGUCCCAACACGGCUGGGGACUGCCCAGAGAAAGGGGUCUGGUCGGAACAGGACAGAAAAAGAGUGAUGGUCACCAUCAUCAGGACCAUGUUCAGUAAAGACUUCAUGGACCAGCUCUUCAAACCGCAGCCGUUGUACUCCCACCGGACGCUAAAGACGGUGCUGACGCGGUUAGCGCACACCUCCAUCAUGAGACUCAGCCCCACCAGCAUGGACAGGCUUUACGAGCUGAUGGCCAUGGCGUUCAAACGCCAGCUGGUCCUGUGUCCCCGGCCCAGGGACCUGCUGCUCAUAUCCUACAACCACCUUGACUCCGUCAGGAGGUUCGUGGAAGACACCCCCAACGUCCUGAACCAGGUGGACGAGACGCAGCGCCGGAUCAUCGAGGUGUACACACCCCUGUCUGACGCUGAACUUCAACUUCUAAGGCAAACACUGCUCAUUUUCCUCCAGGACAUGCACAUUCGAGUGUCGUUCUUCCUGAGGGAUAAGGUGCAGAACCCAAACGGGCGGUUCGUGCUGUCCCGGUCGGGCCCCGUGCCCCCCGGGACCGAGGUUCCGGGGAUGAUACGGAUGUUGGACAGCAGAGGGCGGGAGGUGAAGAGGGCCCACUUCCCCUCGGGAGGAAGUUACUCCAGCCCGGAGAGGGAGGGCUCCUUCUCCCUCCAUGGAGACAGAGUCACCAGACUGGGCACCAACAUAUACGGCGUGAGCCAAGAGGGAGAGACACACGCAAACAGGAGCAGUGCAGCCAAGGGCAGCCCCAGCCCCAGCCCCCUGGCCUCGGAGGAGCUCAACCUGCUGGCCCGUCUGAUGGGGGGCCUGGAGGUCCUGCAGAGGCCCGGGUCCGACCCAGCCUACCGGGUCAACCUCUUCACCAUGGACCCAGGGGAGGAGGGGGAGGAGGAGGAGGCGUGAGUGGAGCUAUUUAAAACUCUAUAGCUCAGGUUAAAGCUGCCGUCUUCUAUUUUUUGCUCCACCCACUUUCAUUUGAUUCAAAUAUUUUCUGAUUGAGCAUCAUGGUUCAUUAAUUAAUCAUGAGUUGUUUGACUAUUGCCCAUUGCAGUGGAUCCGCAUGCAUGAGAACCGUGAGACUCAAUCAAAAGUGGAGCGAGAAAAAACAUUGCUUGUUGCAGCUUUAGUUUUACAGUUGCAAUGUCAUGUUACCAUAAUAACCCUAUAACGUUAAAGGUUAACAUCUCUUCCUCUUGGUUUCUCCAGUGAGCCAGGGGAAUCUUUGGGGGAUGUGGUCACCAUCCAGGCCACGCCGGUAAAGCACCUCACCUUUAAUAAAACCAUGCUACGGUCCGCUGUACAGUCAGUGCAAAUCCCUCUCAUCCCGAUGUCUGUCUAUGCACCUUGUUCACCGGGUGGCCAUCUUGGUUAGCUAGUGGGGGGAACCUUCUAGGAUCUUUGGAAACAAUGACUACUCCAUGCAUUGUUUGUAGUUCCGCUAGCAUUUAGAAUGCAGAUCCAUCGAGUUGUCUUGGUUGGUUUCCCCAAAGAUUCUAGAAGGUUCCCCCAUCCCACUCAACUAGCCAAUAUGGCCGCCAUGUGAAUGAGGCCUAUUAAGCCGUCGAAGCAGAUGCUUUCACAGAAGCCUCUCGAUGGUUUGUUUGUGUGUCGUCAGGACGCCCAGGCUAGCAGUGAGCUAGCCAGGAUAGCGGAGGUGUUCACGGACCAGCACCAACCGACAGAGGAACCCUGCGGCUCCAGCAGUAGCAGCAAGGGGGCAGACCUGCUAGCCCUCAUGGACACCUGCUAGCCGUCAUGGACACAUGCUAACAACGCGGCCCUGUGCUAGGUGUAACGAUAGCCACAGGGCUAAUUCAGUUAGCAGCCUGAACGUGGCGUUUGGUUCCCCAGUGCCCAGGCAGCGUUUAGAAUGGUCUAUCCACCCGUCCACUUUUCAAACCCAUGGUGGUCCUAUAGAAUACUGUAUACUAUUUUUAAUGUGCUGUAAAUAUGUUCUCUCAUAUUCUGUAAUUUAUUGAGCCAGUUGCACAAAUAUUUGCAAGGUUGAAAAUCUGAAGG